AGCUGUUGAACUCACUGAGACCCCGGGAGUGGAGAGCAGCGAUAACCAAUCACCGAGCUGAGUCCAAAUGAUAAUGAAAGUUUUAUUCCUGUUCAUUACUGUUCAGAUAUUCCGUGUUUACGCAUCCGAGCCGUUUUCUGUGAGUCCGGCUGCAGCAACUGCAGAUGUAGGUCAGACAGUUAAACUGUCCUGUGAAUUUAAGAACAAACUAGAGUUCGGGAGACGUAUUUUCUGGUACAGACACCGUGCUGAUGAACCCCCGGUAGCGAUCAGAACCACCGACUGCCAAAAGACCGGUUGUAGGGCUACUUACAAAAAAGGCUCUGGUGAUCGCACAUCAGUGCUGGAAAUCCGGAACGUAAGUGUGGAGGAUUCGGGUUUCUACUACUGUGCUGAGAUAAGAAGCUAUCCACCGCUUGUGAAAGGACCUAGACUCAUUGUUGGAGACAGCUCCACCAGUCGGACCUACAUGCAGCUCUUUGUCCCGACGUCAGAGGUGAACGGAUCCGUUCCCUUGGUGUGUCUGGUGGGCGGCCUGUCUUCCAAGCAGAUUGUCAUUUACUGGAACAUAUCCAGACAGAUCACGGAAGGAUGGAGCGAUGCCAGCACGCGUGACCCUGACGGGAGCUACAGUGUUAGAAGUCAGGUACUGGUCUCAGUGAAAACAUGGAUAAACGGAGGAGUCAGCAGCUGUAUCGCACAAUUCGGGGGUGCGGGAAAGACGAGGACUAUGAGUGUCUCCCAUCCCAACAUUGAACCAGAUCAAGAUUAUUGUCUUCCCGCAGCUAUCCUCCUAGGGGUCCUUGUAAUGCUGAUUAUCGUAAUUUUUAUUUGGAUCUUUAAAGAAUGUAAAUCAGGGACACAUCGUCAGUCAGCGACGUGCGAGGGACACAGCAGUGCGGCUCAGUCCCAAGCGCCGAUUAUUUACGCCUCUCUCGACUUCGCUGCAUCAUCCUCUCCCCUCAGAUGAGAAUCUGGUUGGUUUCUGCUUGGAUGGAUUACGGAGAAUUUGACCGAACCUGGGGUCACACUAAAACCCUCUGACCGACUCAAGACUUGACGCUCCUGGAUUGACAAGAUUUGUACGGGCUCAUUCAUAAUGUGAAUAAAAUGUUGGACAAACAUUGAUAUCGCGAUUCAGCCAUAUUCCAAGCCUUAAGUGAAGAACACAGGCUUCCUGCGUAGUUUGCAUUCUCUCAUCUCAAAACUUCCCUUGGAGUUUUUUUUUCGAUUUUCUUUUCUUUGUAUAAAUUAUAUAUAUUAUAAUAUGAUUAAAAAGAUCGGCUUUGCAUUAAUCAAUGACCAUUUUCGAACUUAUUCCAGUUGUGGGUAUAAUGU